CAAACUACACGGUUAUCGCUUGAUUCUUAUGGAAACAUAAUUUAAAUUUGGGUUGUUCAACUUUUAAGCAAUAAUAUGAAACUCCUGCUGAUCCUACUGCUACUGCAGUGCACACUCCAGAGCUUUGCUCAAGAGAUCUUCGGAUACUGCUCCACGCCUUCCAACCAGGCAGGCAGUUGCAUUUAUUUAACAGAGUGCCACUACCUGUAUAAUAUUGUACAGCAGAGGGAAAUCUUAGCUAGCGAUCGAGCGUUUCUUAAAAACAGUCAAUGCGGCUAUCGCAAAGACAAGGUGCUGAUUUGUUGUGCAGAUAAUCAAAGAAAGGUAUCACAACCCCAGCCCCAACUCCAACCACAACCACAACCUCGUCGUCAACCCUCUACUCCCACCGGAGGACCAAACUUGCUGCCGCAAGCACCUAACUGCGGAAACUUUGAAGACUUUAAUGAUCGUAUUAUGGGAGGACUGAAUACAGGCAGAAAAGAGUUUCCAUGGCUAGUUCUUUUAGAAUACACCAAGCCCGGAAAUGUUAUUGGGCACCAUUGUGGUGGCUCCUUGAUCAACAAUCGCUAUGUAUUGACGGCUGCGCAUUGUGUGUCUAGUAGUCCAAGGUAUUGGCGGUUAACAGGAGUGCGCCUAGGAGAGUGGGAUACUACAUCCAAUCCGGACUGCACGACGGACCGGGACGGUAAAAGGAAUUGUAAUGACCCUUAUGUGUAUAUAAACGUCGCUGAGGUUAUUCCAUACUCGCAGUUUUCUGCGAAUUCGCCUGAUAUUCUACACGAUAUCGCCCUGUUGCGUCUAGAAAGCCCAGUUACUUUUUCUGACUAUAUCGCACCAGUUUGCCUACCUACAAAGCUAGAGCACAAAGAAAAUAUUUUCCUUGGACGCACAAUGACUGUAUCCGGCUGGGGAAGUACUAAAUUCAAUACUACCUCGAAUAUCAAACAAAAAGCAGAUGUUCUAUCGGUUCCAUUGGCGGAUUGCAGCAAACGCUAUUCAACUCUUCGACAUACUGUUACUGAUUCGCAGAUCUGUGCUGGCGGAGUAGAGGGUGUUGAUUCAUGCCGUGGCGAUUCUGGUGGGCCCUUGGUUGUGGAGGAGUUUCAGGAUGGCAUGGCCAAUUAUUAUCUAGCUGGAGUUGUUUCUUAUGGACCUACACCUUGUGGUAUUGCUGGUUGGCCGGCCAUUUAUACACGCGUUGCAGCAUACAUUGAUUGGAUUGAAAGCACUAUUAGGCCAUAAAAACACCUGUAUAACUAGCGGAAAUAUAUAUUUCGCAGCGCCAGGGCCGGUUCUUGAUAUAUGUU